AUGUCCUCGUUGUACGCACCCUUAGCUGCCGGUGCCGAGGACGACGACGACCUGAUCCGCACGUUGCUCCCAGAGGAGGUGACCGUGUCCACCGUCGUCGCGAGGGCGGUCGGCACUGGGCACCACAUGCUCAAGGUGGAGGGCUACUCGCGGCUCAAGCUCACGCGCGGCGACAACGGCAGCCCCCUCCUGUCCGGCAAGAUCAUGGCUGGCGGCCGCACCUGGAUGAUCCGCUGCUACCUCGACGAGGCACACAAGGAGGACGCCGGCUUCGUCUCGCUGUACCUGUCCCUCGCCGACCCCGGGAGCGCCGCUAUCCCUGCCGAGGCCGAGUUCGAGCUGGUCGACCAAUGGCCGCUGCUGCCGCUCUGGUGCCGGCACCAGAAGCGCUUGUUCAUCGGCGCCGGUGCCCUCGAAGGCGGCGGCUCCAGCAGGUUCCUGAAAGGCGACUGCUUCGCCAUCCGGUGCAAGGUCACCUUCGUCGAGGAGUGGGGCGCCAAGGAGGAGGAGGUGCAGGCGGAGGAUAUGGAGAGGAUGGGUGUGGUCUGCCUGUGUAAGGACGGCUCGUGCAACAAGCUCCACCGCGCGAGGCCGGCCCAGACCUAA